AUGAUGCGGAAAGCCAAUUAUCCUAAACUAAUCAGGAAAUCAAGAGCUUCCCCUUUGGCCCCUGAGGUUUUGAGUUUUGUAACUAUAGUGUCCAAUGAUCUUUACAAGUUAAAGUACAGAAGAGGUCAGAAAAUGUUCAUUCAUUUUAUUCACAUGAGACUUGUUACCCAAGGAUUAGUCAUAGAAGCUUUGAUUCUAGGUUUUCUCUAG